GCAACAACAACAUUAAUUAAGGGCUUCGAUAAUACGUCAUUUUUGAGUCGCUUAGUAGUUUUUGUUUGCUAAACAACCUGCUGAUAUGUAAUCAGGAUUUUUCACUUUUUUGUGUUUCGCAUCCAAACAAUUUUGUUAAAGAGAAAAAAGAAUGACGGGUUGAUCACUUGUUUAAAUAUAAUUUGCAUACGGAAAUGAAAAUAAUAUUAUUAGGUCGUCUUAGCCGAUGAAAUCAUCGCUUGUUCAAGAAAGAUGUUCAUAACAACCUAAUAGAAAUGGCUAAAUGGAUACAUUAUUAAAAUUUAUAUCACUUUCUAUUUUCCUGAGGCAGUUUUUGUAUCAAAUCUGCCACUUUACUAGUACCGAUAAUCUAGGAUUUAUGUAUGGUUUAUGUCUUGGAUCAAUUAUCCAACUUUAGGAUUAGUUUAUGUCCUGUGCAUUUUAUUGCAGGUAUAAGUGUUACCUAGACACAAGUAUAACAAUAAGAUAAGAAUUAGCAUAUGAAAAGAUCAAUAAGCACAGCUGUACAGAGUAAAGUUUAUCGAAUGAUCAGUUCUUGAAUAACACAUGGUGAAGGAACCAAACAAUUGAAUAUAAAAAUGAGCACCAGAGUUUCUUUGUUUGACACCAGUUGAAGACUCGUGUUUCUCCUGUGCGUCUUGCUUGUAAGGUAAAAGGAGCUAACUGAAGGCGCUGUUAAUUUAGCGGAAGGUUAAAAGUUUGGAGAGUUAAAGAAUCGCCUUCUGACCAAGUAUCGUCUUAAUCGCCAGAAAAUUUGAAAAGAGUGUUUGUGAUUUGAAUCCUUCGUGUGCGAGAAGAUCACAGAUGACAAAAAGAAACUGUUGAAUACGACUUCGAAAGGUAAGCGUUACAGUGACGCAAUAAUCGUAAAAGUGAAAGUGGAAAUCUUGUAAGAAGCUUCGACAAGAAAGAAAGCAGCGAAAUGAAUUUCAUUCAAUUUAGUUGCCUGCUCAUUUUUUUAUGCCUCGAUUCAUGUGCUUUUAUUCUUGAUUACACAAAAGAUCCUAAUGAAGAGAAAACUGUCAUCCUACUUGCAUUUAGUGGUCUUCCAUCAGAUGCCUUGCAUGCCAAUCGUAUGCCGACUCUUCAACAGCUUGCUGCCGAUGGGGUUCUUGCAAUUCACAAGAGAAGUGCAUUUCAGACAGAAACUCUACCUGUUUUGCACACGCUUGUCACUGGGCGACAUCCAGAAAAGCACGCCAUGAUGGCAAACAAGAUGCGAGACCUGCGUGAUAAUGCAAAUUUUGAUGUGACAAAUAAAGACGAGAGAUGGUGGAAUGCUGUAGAGCCAAUAUGGAUUUCGAACGAAAAAAGAAAUGACUCAAAGAGUGCGUUAUGCUUUUGGCCUGGACAUGAUGUAAAGUUUGAAGGUGCACAAGCAUCACUCACGUGCUCUCUCGACAGGAACGGAACGAAGCUAUCAGAUCCUUUUAAAGAGCUGACACUGAAUUAUGCAGUCAAAAAACCGUUCAUGUCAAUGGAAGAACGAAUGGCAAAAGUUAUCGAGUGGUUGUCUAUGAAACAUUCCCCAAAUUUUAUCGCCGUUUAUUUCGAAGAACCUUUCCUGACUGCCUUAAACCAUGGCGUCAGUUCAAAAGAAAUGGAUGCUGCGUUGCACAGAAUUGAAGGCCUUGUAGCAAAGCUUUACAAGGAAUUAGCCAUCUUCAAGCAAAUAAGGAAAGUAAAUAUUGUAAUUACAAGCGAUGCAGCCCCUAUUGAUUUUGAAAAGGACAAAAGCAUAUAUCUUGAAGACUAUUUGGAUGAGGGUUUAAAAAGUGCAUAUGACGUAAUCGAUGAUGGGCCGAUAAUGACAGUUUCGCCAAAAGAGACUUCAAAUACUCAUGUUCUGUUUGAGAAGUGGAAUUCUUCUCAUCCAAACAUGAAAGUUUACACAAAGGACAUUUUGCCUGUUGCCUUUCAUUUCAAUCAUGAAAAUCGUACUAUGCCGUUGAUACUCGUCGCAGAAAAAGGCUGGCGAAUCCUUCCGCGUCGUAUUACUGACCCAAAUGACAAACGCAAAGCCGCAAUUGGAUUUUCAGCUGCAAACGAAGACACACACACGUUACUGAUUGCGCAUGGGCCUGCUUUUCGCAAAGGUGUUCGUGUCAACGCAAUAGACAACGUUGACGUCUAUCAAAUGCUCUGCUCUGCACUGCGUCUAGAAGCCAACGCCCAUGAUGGUUCUGGCUACAUCUUGUCAAAGGUUGUUGCAAAGCAAGACAAAUGGUACUGGCAUAUUGCGAAAACUAUUGUCGAAUCAAAAGAAGGCCUAACCGGGGUAAUAGUGCUGCUUAUAGUGCUCAUGUUUGCAGCAUUGUACCUAAUUAUUCAUGCGAUAUACAAGACGACGGCACGCUGCAACUGUUGCCAGAACCCUAACAAGGAAGAAAAGUCUAUUUAUGAAUACAACGGUAAACUGAAUGAAGGCAAGAUGCAUUUGUUAGCCAAAGAUGAUGAUCUUUCCGGGAGUGAAAUUGACGAAGACUGUGAGAUCAAUCGCUACGAGGUGAAGUACCUUACAGCUAAGCAGACCUAAGCAGCCACGAAUCUAAAUAGACCUAGGCAGCCACGAUUAUAUUUUGAAAAUAAACUAACUUUUGUAGAUUUCAAUAAAGCAUAAAGAAAAAUGCUUGGGAACUUGCUUGUUGUCUUGGUUAGGUUGUAAUAUGGUGGAGCUGAAAGUUAUCGUCGUUAUUGGUCUUCACAGAUUUGACAUCAUUGCAAAUAAACAUAGUCACAUUAUUACCGUCCAAUUGUCCAUGUUAAAUCUAACAGGACCCUUAAAUGUUCCAUACUUUGUAUUUUUUCCAAAGUAAAGCAUCAUUAAAUAAAGAUAACUUGAAUUUACCAAUAUAUUUCAAGUACAUAUGACUGUUUGUCAAGUACAUGUAUCUUAAAUCUUCUCCAAAUAUUGAAGUCUAUAAUCGCGCAAUUAGGCAAAAAUAAUCAGUGAAAAUUCUUACUUUAAUGGCAUAACGUACUUAACUCCAUACUCAGUUUCCCAGAUAAAUCUUAUUAGAAGAUUUUAUUUUUUUGUUGACGGUAUUUUGUGUAAUUUUCAAACUAUUUAAUCGGGUUAAUGUAUCCAUGGUAUUUUGUGCAUAGAUUUGUUAAAUUUCUUUCUUACUUGUUUAUUAUUUCAUUUCUCUGUAGUAAAGAGCUGCAUGUGUAUUUUGAAACCUAAUAAAUAUUUAUGAACACUGCCGGAUAA